AUGUCGCGACCACUCGUACCCGAUUCUUUGGCGGCAAAGAACUUUCCAGAAGGUAGUGAGCGCGCCAUCGUUGCUGGUGGCUGCUUCUGGGGUCUUGAAGAGCUAUACCGCAAGGAUUGGGAAGGCAAGGGCAUGCUCGACUGUAGAGUAGGUUACACUGGUGGUCAGACCGAAGCACCAGACUACAGAAGUCAGGUGACAUAUAAACAGCUGAUGGAAUACUUCUUUAAGAUGCACGAUCCAACCACAUUAAAUAGACAGGGUGCCGAUACAGGUACUCAGUACAGGUCUGCCAUCUUCUACGUCAACGACGAACAAAAGAAAAUUGCAGAGGAGAUCAAGGAGAAGGUGGGCAAGGAAUGGUAUAAGGGCAAGCCGAUAUCGACUGAGAUUAGAGCUGCUACGAAGUGGUAUGACGCUGAGGAUUACCAUCAGGAUUACUUGAAGAAGGAGCCUUUUGGCUAUCACUGCCCAGCACAUUUCGUCAGGAAGUUACCACCUUUGAGCUCAUAG